UUUAUGUCGGAGUUUGAGGCAGUGGCACCCUGCUUUGUAACAAAUCCACAAAAAAAUUGAAAAACAGUGUCCUUUUUGUUUGUAUUUCUUUUAAAGUAGCCGCCAGUGCAACCAACGCAUUACUUCGCUAUUUGUGACUCCUUUAGUGACCAAGUACGGAAACCAUAUAAAAGUGGUAAUUGCUUAAAGUGACGUGCAUCAUUAAACAAGUGCGUAAUGUGCAGUGUUCUCUUCAGUGAGCCGUGUUAAAUGAACAGCCAACAUGUUUAGAAGUAGAAGCUGGUUUGGAGGAGGCUGGGGACGCCCCAAAAAUCCUCAUUCUCUCGAACGUUUAAAGUAUUUACACAAUAUCCUUUGUAAGAAUACGACAGUGUCUGAGAGUAAUCGUGGUACCCUAGUGGAGUCUUUAAGAUGUAUAGCCGAGAUAUUGAUAUGGGGUGACCAGAAUGAUAGCUCAGUUUUCGACUUUUUCUUAGAAAAGAACAUGCUGUCUUACUUCCUCAAGAUAAUGAGACAAAAAUGUGGAGGCUCUUCAUAUGUAUGUGUACAACUACUUCAGACGCUAAACAUAUUGUUUGAAAACAUAAGGAAUGAAACAUCACUGUAUUACUUGCUAAGCAAUAACCACGUGAACUCGAUAAUAGUGCAUAAGUUUGACUUCUCCGACGAGGAGGUGAUGGCAUACUACAUCUCGUUCCUCAAGACACUCAGCUUCAAACUGAACAGCCACACAAUACACUUCUUCUAUAAUGAGCACACGAAAGACUUCCCUCUGUACACAGAGGCGAUCAAAUUCUUCAACCACUCAGAGUCCAUGGUGAGGAUCGCGGUGAGGACACUGACACUAAACGUGUACAGGAUACAAGAUGCGAGCAUGCUGCGGUUCAUCAGAGAUAGAACAGCGGCGCCAUACUUCAGUAACCUAGUUUGGUUUAUCGGCAAACACAUACUAGAACUGGACGCUUGCGUGCGAAACGAUUAUUGUUCAAAUUCCAGCCAUCAGUCCCAACAGAAACUGGACGAUUUAGUUGCCGAGCAUUUAGACCACUUACACUACAUCAACGACAUACUCUGUCUCAACAUUCCUGAUCUCAACGAUGUAUUGACUGAACACCUCUUGCAUAAACUCCUCGUGCCUCUAUACAUAUACUCUUUAACUCCUGACUCCGUAAGACGACCGGUCUCUCGUCAAAACUCAUCACCAUACAACAGAGAUAACCUGCAAACUAUAGAAGUUAUAACAAGGAAUUUAGAGGCUAUCCUUAAAGGUAAAACCAGUGAUAUGUCGCCGUCUAGAAUGUCUUUUACUAGACAGAGAAUGGAAUCAGACGAUGAAGUAAAACCAUCGGUAUCCUGUGUAGUAUCACUGUUUCUGCUGUCACAAGUGUUUUUAAUAAUCACACAUGGUCCGAUAGUACAUGCACUAGCGUGGAUAAUACUACAAUCAGAUUCAUCAGUAUUCGAAGACGGAGCUACUAAGAUAUUAGAAAUGUAUAUCAGUAACGCUAAAUCCAGCGUCAAGCUAGAGUUUUCAAAGCCGCAACUAAGUUUAGAAAAGGCUUUGGAAAGUUCGGGACAGGAGAGAGAUUAUACGACGCCUGAAUACAGUGGUCCUAAACUGUUUGGUUAUGACACGGAUCAGUCAAGUUGUGAUUUAGAUCCUGAGUUGGUGUCCACUUCGUUGCCGUCCACUUCGCAUAUAAGUGAAUCUUCCAGCGUCGCCCACGACUCGACGGAAGAUCUGGUCACGCAAAUAGCUUCAAAGUCUUCCAGUGCUGUGACUUUAGCUAAGCAGAAUAUGCCUGAUUCGCCUUUGCCUGACUCUGGUAUUGAGUCGAGCUCCUCAAAGUCAGGCCCUGAAUUUAAUAAUAUAACUGAUGAGGAAAAGCAAAAGCUACUCGGUGUUCCGCCUAGUUCUCCUGCGUUACCGUCGACUUCGAUGGAAAAUAUACUUAUUAGAGAGAAUAGAGAGAUUGAGACAAGGCCGUUUUUGAAGACAAUUCUGGAUUCUUUGGACUCUAGUGAGAAUGACUAUAAGGCGCUAUUCGCGCUAUGUUUGCUGUUUGCCUUGAUAAAUAAUAAAGGCGUAAAUACGGAACUCCUUGACACGCUACUGUGCCCUGAGCAGAACGAAAAUUCAAAUUCAACGGCAACUUCAAGCGAACAAUCUGUAGAGAGUUCACAAGAUGGCGCCACUUCCACUCCGUCCAAACGUCCAGUGCAAAGCUACAACGCCCUGCUCAUAUCCAAGCUCACGGGUAUCGUCGCACAGAGCUGUAAACCUACUUCAAAAGUCCGCUUAGUAACGCUGGAGCUGAGCGUGACGCUGGUCGGCAUCGCGAUGCUCGGAGCGGGCGGGUCGCCGGGCGCGCGGCACGUGGCCGUCGCGGACAGCCUGCGCAUGCGGGCAGCCGCGCUCGCGAGGAACUUCUACAAGUGUGACGAUAUCUUCCUAGACAUGUUCGAAGACGAGUAUUGCGAGUUGAGCAAGCGACCGUUAAACGUAGAGUGGCUUUGCAUGGACGCGGCUAUUCUCCUGCCGCCUACUCGCACCCCCAUGUCCGGCAUCGCGUUCGCCAAGCGACUACCGAGCGGAGAGAUGGAACGCGCCCGCCGCGCCAUUCGCACAUUCUUCCUCAUACGAGACCUAUAUUUAAAGCUGACUGGCAAACCUGAAACUCAACUGCCAUUGGCAAACCCUGCUCCUUUCGUGCAAGUUGGAGAUGUCUUAGACCUGAAUGACUCCGACCUAAUAUCCUGCGAUAUAAUCCAAAAGGACGGGACGUGGCACCACAGGUUCCUAGCCGUGGACAACAUACAGAUUAUAUUGGUGGAGCCAGAUAAGCAGCGCCUGGGUUGGGGUGUUGCUAAGCUAGUUGGCAGCUUACAGGACUUAGAAAUACAAGGCGACAAAGAGGACCCCCGUUGCCUACACCUCACCAUCCACAAGCCUCGAGUAGGCGCCAGCGGAGCGCUUCCUCGCACCGUGUUGCUGCGAGCCAAGUUCAAGUUCGACGACCAUAUACGAAGUAUGGCGGCUAAACAGAGGCUCACCAAGGGCCGAACCAAGUCCCGCCAAAAGAAGAUGCAGCAGAUCGGUCGCUUACUGGAGGUGGCCGGCAUGGCGGGCGCGCCCGCGCUGGCGCCGCGCCACCGCCCGCUGUUCGCGCGCCCCGGCGUCACCACCGUGCGCCGCCACGGCAGUGCAGGUGCCGACGGCGACGACAUAGAGCGUCGUCUCCGCAGACCCAGCGGACAUAUGCUCAAAGACGGCAUCGUCGUUUACCGCGAAAGGACUACGAGCCGAGAAAGUAGUAUCUCGCGUGGCAGCAGCGGCCACGCGUCCCGCGACGGUUCGCCGCGCUCCCGAUCUGAGGAGAUACCCCUUGAAGACAUCAGGAGGAAAGCGCUAGCGGCCAGUACUGCCCCCGCUACCGUCACUAUGCAGGCUCAACCCAGCACAUCUCAAGCUCCGAAGCCACAGAUUUCCUCCGAAGAGACAUCCUUCAUAUCGGGCGAGGCGCGACCCAAACGCAAGGGUAUCGUCGAAACCAUUUGAUAUUAACCUAAACUGAGGUAUGGAAACUAUGCGAGGAUUCAACUAGGGAUCGAAUUACUUUAUUAGCCUUUUCGCCGCCAUUGACUUGAUAUAAAGUCAGUACAUUUCGUGCCCCACAAGCCACGACUUGUUAUACGGGUUCGGUGCUUGCAAUUUUUGACAUGGCGUUGAUGACACUUUAUUACUUCAUUGUCGUGGCGGCGAAAAGGUUAAGCCUCUGACCGUCAAAGACGUCAACUGACGCGCGCGUUUACAGCCCAAUAUCAACCUUCGGUUUACAAUUAUUAUGAUUUGUUUCCUAGUUGUAUAGAUAUCAGCACCAUCUCUUUCGCCUCACUAUACCGUAAUGAAUUCGUAUAGGAGUUGCGAACACGUACUGCUCGCCCUUAGACGUACCUAUAAUCUAAGGCGCCUAGCUUUUGAAAGAUUGCAUAUUCGAGAAAUUUCGACUGGUACUGCCGUGAUCUGUGUGGCCUAGUGUUUAUGAGAAAAGAGAAAAUUGAAUAAGACCUGGGGGCCGUUUAUCAAAAGCUUGUAGCUUGUAAUACAAGCGGAACUCACUUUUUGACAGCUCUUGUUAGAAAGGGACUUCCACUUGUAUUACAAGUUACAAGCUUUUGAGAAACGGGAAAUAUAUUCGUGGCGCAGCCCGUAGGUGUGGGACAUAUUGUUAUGUGACAGUUUGCAGCUGCCAAAUAGUAUGAAGAUGUCGUCCCACAAAAGUUCAUAUUUUCACCACGUCGUGCGUUGGCGUCGCUUGUAUUCCCUCCCCAACAACUUGCUAAUGAAACAGAUACCGCAUUCAGAAGAAACUGUGGGACAGGACAGAAUUGAGUGUGUCUAUGUGUAACUCUUACAUCAAGUCUAAAGGUGGGAUUACCUCAGUUAGCGGCACUGUGCGGCACAAGCAUAUUCAGUAGAAAAAUGCUUGUGCCGUACUAUGGUGGAAUUCCGCCUUUACGCUGACGCCUACCGCCAAACAAUUGGUUAAAAUAAAUAUAUGGCGGUCUCAGGCCGCUACCGGCCGUGACAGACUGACAACGAUGGGAUAUUUAGAAGAAAUGUUCUAUUUAUAAUGUCACACAUAUACCAACUGUGACAUGAAAUCGUUAAAUUAGGUAAUGUUAGAAUAAAAUAUCGCAUAGACAUUAAGUAUGUUAGAAAGGCUUGGCCAGAGAUAAUCUAUAUUUUUCUGUAGUGUAGGUAUACAUACCAUCAAAUUUAUCCUUAUAAAACAGAUUUUAACUUCUGUACUGGCAUCUGAAAAUGCCUAUUGUCCGUCGUUCUAAAAAAAACCGGCCAAGUGCGAGUCGGACUCGCGCACCGAGGGUUCCAUACUUUUUAGUAUUUGUUGUUAUAGCGGCAACAGAAAUACAUCAUCUGUGAAAAUUUCAACUGUCUAGCUAUCACGGUUCAUGAGAUACAGCCUGGUGACAGACGGACAGGCGGACAGACGGACAGCGGAGUCUUAGUAAUAGGACCCUAUGGGUACGGAACCCUAAAAACGCGCGCCCUCAGCUUUUCGCUCUACUCAAGGAAUGGGCAAGCUAGAAACCCGAGUUUCUUCGAAACAAAAAAAUAUUCUUAGUUAUUUCCAUUCAAUUACCAUAAGUAGUUGACGAGUCCGUCUCUAGGAUUAGAAAGCUGUAAUUUGAUGUUUAAAAAUUUAAAACUAAAUAUCCCCAGCUAAAUGUCCCAUAAAUGAGGUUUUUUAAAAUGGCGCACUUGCUAAUAGUUUAUGCAGUAUCUGCCGACAUUCAACGUACGGAUACGCUUGGGCUGUAUAAUUCAUAAAUCUGUUUUCUGGUCAAGUUAGUUAAAACUGUAGAUAGAAACAUCAAUUAUUAUAAUGAAUGUAUUUUUGUAAUAAAAAGUAAAUAGAUCUCUCGUUACGUCCAAAUUCAUGUCUCAUUUGUUCUGUAGAAGGAACUUAUUUUAUGUAAAAAAGUAAUUAAUAUAGCAACCAACUCACAAAAUGUUUACUUAUCAUUAUUAGUUAGUUGUUAUUAGUGCGCUUCACGAAGUUUAAAAAAACUUGUAACAUUUUAACAUCGGAAUGUAUUCUUAUUUUUACGCGUCUUUUUGAGCAAAGAAAGGACUUGACACGUUUUUAAUUUAGGAUUGCGUUGCCGGUAAAUAUAAGGCUACAUCAUGUAUAAAUAAGACAAAAUUCGAUGAUAACAUUUACAUGCACACCUACAUAUAGUAUCAACCGCGGAGAUGAGUGGACAUUACAUACAGAAUGUUUUUUCAAAGUUUAGCCGUGAUCUGCAAGUUAAAAAAUCUUUUACUAUUGGGAUUAGCCACAAAACCGUCCAAACAUUGGCGUAUUAUCAGCAACAUUUUGGAACAGCAAAAUUUUCUUCCCAAUUUCGGGGUUGGACCUAUUGUAAAAAUUAUUUAGUAUCUCUCAUAUAGAGCAUGCAUCGUUCAACCUAAAACAAUAUCCUGCAUAGAAAUCCGUAAUACAAGUGGAAGAGGUAUAUUUAGAAUAAAUCUGUACUCGUAUUGUAUUCGUAAUCCUCAUGUUGAAAUGCACCGUAAGUCCUUGUAAUAGAGUCGUUAAAAGAACAAACUGUCCGGUAUUUGUUGAUAUGAUGUUUUAUGGUAUUUAAAAUGAAAAUUAGGCAAGUAUAUUGACGUGAGUCGAUUUAGUUUACAACAACAUCUGAUUGAAUGCUUGAAUUUGGUUUCGGUAUGAUUUUUGUGAGUCCAUUCUUGCCAGCUCUUGACCUGUAUUUAACCCUUAAAUGCAUAAUGAUGUAUAUAUGCAUCGUAUAUUUGAUGGUCCGUGGCUCAAUAUGCAGCUAUCCAAAAUCACAUUUAUUACUUUUAUACAGCAUGACACAUCUAUUUCAAUUUAUUAAAAAGUUAUACAAAAAAUCAUGCAUUUAAGGGUUAAAUCUUAAUUCGUCAUCUUAUUGAACUCAAUUUUCUUCAGUGAAUUAAAAGUUCAAAUAACUCUAGUGCAUGUAUUAUAUUAAUGACCUUAUUGUUACUAAAAUGUUAAAGUAUACGUGAUAUAAACGUGUCAAAACAGUGUACAUGUGAAUUUGUCGUCCACUGUUUGGCCAGGGCGUAUUUUUAACUUUUAACCGCGACGACUAUUUUAUAUAACACGCGAUAGUAAAUUUUAUUAGAAUGGACUACGGUUCAUAUUAUAUUGUAAUCUUUGUCGGCUGUGACCGACUGUGGCGCUCAAAUGAUUAAAGAAAAGUAUGGCCGUUUUCAUUUAUGUUGUGAUUUUAUUUAAGACUUGCAAUAAAUUGUUGUAAAUAGUAUUUUUAUGUUUGUAAAAGAUUAUUGUAGUUUAACUGGAUUAUAUUGAAUGUUACAUUUA